UUCAUUUUUUUUUCCCAUUUCCUACCAAAUAUUCAAAGAUAAGAAAUAUUGAUUUCUGUGUUCAGUAUUUAAAUCCCAGUUACAUACUGGUCCUCACUAACCAAUUAGCCAUUCACAUUCAAGAUACACUUCAAUCAUGGCUACCAUGAUUCAUCUUUGUCUUUUUUUCUCCUACAUCACAGUCUUUCAUCCCAUUUUCUCAAUGGCUCAAUAUGAUAAUUAUAUCAUCCACAUGGAAUCAUCAGCCAUGCCUAAAGCAUUCUCCACUAAACACAAUUGGUAUUUAUCCACCCUUAACGCUGCAUUAGAUAAUACUCAAGUUACCACCGAUGACAAUAAUCUAAAAACCGCUUCUUCUAAGCUGAUUUAUACCUACACCAACGUCAUGAAUGGUUUUAGUGCAAAUUUGUCACCUAAAGAGCUUGAAGCCCUCAAAAGAUCCCCAGGUUACAUUUCUUCCAUACCAGAUUUGUCAGCUAAGCUUGACACAACAUAUUCACCACAAUUUCUUGGCCUUAAUCCCAAUGUGGGGGCUUGGCCUGUUGGAAAAUUUGGCGAAGAUGUCAUUGUUGGGAUGGUGGAUACCGGAAUUUGGCCUGAAAGUGAAAGCUUCAAAGAUGAGGGGAUGACUAGAAUCCCUUCACGAUGGAAAGGCUCAUGUGAAAGUAGCAUCAAAUGCAACAACAAACUCAUUGGAGCUCGAUUCUUUAAAAAAGGAUUGUUGGCCAAGAACUCCAAACUCGAAACAGUUGCGAACUCAACCCGAGAUGUAGAAGGUCAUGGGACCCACACAUCAAGCAUUGCAACUGGGAGCCAAGUUGAUAAUGCAUCCUUCUUUGGCUAUGCCAAUGGAUCAGCGAAAGGAGUAGCUCCACGGGCGAGAGUAGCCAUGUACAAGGUUGUGUGGGGUGGUAGAGUCAUGUCAUCUGAUAUAAUAGCCGCAAUUGAUACUGCCAUAUCAGAUGGGGUUGAUGUUCUCUCCUUAUCACUUGGCCUUGAUAAUCUACCUUUGUACGAGGACCCUGUUGCUAUAGCCUCAUUUGCAGCCAUGGAGAAAGGCAUUUUCGUGUCCACGUCAGCAGGGAAUGCUGGGCCUGAACGUGGAACUCUUCAUAAUGGAAUACCAUGGGUCAUAAAUGUGGCUAGUAGCACUUUGGAUCGUGAAUUUCGUGGGAGUCUUGUUCUUGGAAAUGGAGUCCACAUACAUGGCUUGUCACUUUAUCUUGGAAACUUCUCCGCUCACCAAGUUCCUAUUGUUUUUUUGGGGUUUUGUUCUAAUUCGAAGGAACUGGUCAAUGCGAGUGGCAAGAUCGUGGUGUGUGAAGAUAAGGGUGGAAGUAUUGCUAAUCAAGUGGCUAUUGUGGACUUGUCAAACGUUUCUGCGGCAGUGUUCAUAUCAAGUACAACUGACACAUCGUUUUUCUUAAAUGAUGGUCCUGCAGGCAUCAUUAUUGACCCGAUAAAUGGAGAAAACGUCAAAGCAUACAUCAAAAGUAACUCUAAUGCAAAUGCAAACAUGACUUUUAAGAUAACAACUUUAGGUGUUAAGCCAGCACCUAGUGUGGAUAUUUAUAGUUCCAGAGGGCCAUCAAAUAGUUGUCCGUUUGUGUUGAAACCGGACAUCACUGCUCCAGGAACAUCAAUCUUAGCAGCAUGGCCUCAAAAUCUUCAAGUGGCAUUGCUAGGGUCCCAAAUCCUUUUCAAUAGCUUCAAUUUUUUGACUGGAACAUCCAUGGCAUGCCCUCAAGUGACAGGUGUAGGAGCACUGUUAAGAGGAGCACACCCUGAUUGGAGUCCUGCAGCUAUUAGAUCAGCUAUUAUGACAACAUCAGAUAUAUUUGACAAUACUAAGAAACCCAUCAAGGCCAUUGGUAGGGAUCACAAACUAGCCUCUCCUUUAGACUUGGGGGCUGGUCAUAUCAACCCCAACAAUGCCCUUGACCCUGGACUUGUUUACGAUGUGGGAGUUCAAGAUUAUGUCAAUCUUCUUUGUGCAUUGAACUUCACUCAGCAGAACAUCACCACCAUCACCAAGUCUUCGUCCAAUAAUUGCUCCAAUCCUUCCUUGGAUCUCAACUACCCUUCUUUCAUUGCUUUCUUUGGUGACAAUGGUUCUUCUAAUGACUCAAGGGCAACUUGGGAAUUUCACAGAACGGUGACCAAUGUCGGGGAUGGAGAAACAAUCUAUACUGCUAGUGUGACACGUAUCAAAGGAUUUAAUGUGAGCGUGAUCCCAAACAAGUUGGUGUUCAAAGAGAAGAAUGAGAAGCUAAGUUACAAGUUAAGGAUUGAAGGUCCGAGUAUAGAGGGUUUUGCGUAUCUCGCUUGGACAGACGCAAAACAUGUAGUGAGAAGUCCUAUUGUGGUCACCGCUCUGCCACUCUCAAAUUCAAUUUCUGUGUAGAUAUUUCAAAAUUGUGAUGGAGACAUGUUUAUUUAUAUAUGAAGUGAAAAUAUUGUGUGUUCACUAAAGAAUUUUUCUUUUGAUGAAUAAUAAAUGAAACACAC